GAUGCACAGGUAGCUAGCGAAGGGCUCCCGCUAGCGACACUCUAGUCUCUGCGCGAUACGCUUGCAGUGUGUGGAGGUGAGAGCCUCGGCGAAUCCGCUCCGCAGCACCGCAUCCCGCUCAGGUCACCUUAGCGCUCCACGUACCGGCAUCUUCCGACCCCUCCGUCUCGGAAGAUGACACCUGGCAAACGAAGAGCUGCAGUCAUGUCCUUCUCGGUGGCGAUACUCGGAGCCCUGAUGCUGCAGUCCGUCUCCUCUCAGAACGCGGGCUUUGUGAAAUCCCCGUUUUCUGAGGCUAAGCUCACGGGCGACACCUUUGAGCUGUAUUGUGACGUGGUGGGAAACCCCACCCCAGAAAUCCAGUGGUGGUACUCAGAGAUCAACCGAGCCGAUUCCUUCAGGUAGCUGUAGGACGGCGCCCGUAAGCAGCGGGUGUCCAUCAGCACGGCCUACGGCUCCAAUGGCGCAAGCGUGUUGGCCGUCUCUGUCUCACGUCUCACGAUGGACGAUGCUGGGACCUACGAGUGCAGAGCCAGUAAUGACCCGCGCCGUAACGACCUGCACCAAGAUCCAGCGACCACCUGGAUCCGUGCUCAGGCCACUAUAGCGGUGCUGCAGAAGCCGUCCAUUUCGGCCUCUGAACACGCCACACUUCCUGUGGAGGGCAACUCUUACAUGCUGCAGUGCAACCUGACCAGCGACCACAGUGUGGAGGAGAGCUACUGGAUGAAGAACGGGGAGGAGAUCCCGGAAACACGCAGCCCAAAUAAGAACACUGAGUACAAGCUGAAAAAACCAAGAGCAGGCGCCGCCGGAUGGUACAUGUGUGUCUACACCUUCGAGCUGGAUCCUCCAGCGAACGCCACCAUCGAAGUUAAAUCUGCUCCUGACAUAACAGGCCACAAGCGCAGUGAGAAUAAGAACGAGGGCCAAAUUGCUGUCCUCUACUGUAAGUCUGUGGGCUACCCUCACCCUGUCUGGACCUGGCGUAAGUUAGACAACGGCAUUCCCAGGGAAAUUGACAACUCAAGCGGCCGUUUCUUCAUCAGCAGCAGAGACAACUACACCGAGCUCAACAUCGUCAACCUGGACAUUAACGUGGAUCCGGGCGAGUACCACUGCAAUGCCACCAACAUGCUGGGCAGCCGCGACGAGAUGAUCGUGCUGAGGGUUCGCAGUUACUUGGCGCCCUUAUGGCCUCUUCUGGGGGUGUUGGCCGAGAUCAUCAUCCUGGUCGUCGUCAUCGUUGUUUAUGAGAAGCGCAAGAAGCCAGACGAUUUGCAAGACGAUGAUGACCCUCCAGGUCCAGCCAAAACUAAUUCAACCAACAACCACAAAGACAAGAACCUCCGCCAGAGGAAUACAAACUGAGCAGCCUGUCUGCUGAGUUUCAUUACACAUGUAUUGACCAUAUGAAGGUAAACGAGAAGGGCGUCCAUACCAGUUGUUGCCACGACGAGUAUCGUUGUGGAGGAGUCCAAUGAGGCAUGGCUUAUGAUUUCAAUGUGUGGGCGUGCGAAUAUUGAUGAUGGAAAUGUUAACAUUAUAACCAUUGUUGCUGCAUGCAGUUGUUGAUGUUAAAGAUUUAUUUCCCCUCUUAUCCACUCAUUUUACAUCUUUACUGCUUCUAAAAUAAUGCAUGCAAGAUGUUGACCUGUUUGAUACAGAAACGGCUUUUUUUUUUAAUUUGUUGCUCUUUUCUCUGAGAGCGGCUUCAUUUAGACAAUCUGUACUGUGUGUUCUAGAGGAAAAACAAAACUUGGCAAUGUAAAAGAAAUGCCACCAUAAUCUGGUUUGACAGUCGUGUACAGUUUUAUCAAACUACUGCAUACCAUUUUAUCAGAAAAUAUCUAUUGCAUUUUAAGGGCUUUGCAAUGUCCCUCUACAUUUGAAUAAGAUUUACUUUACUGUAUUCAAACACUAUAACUAUAUCAGAUCACCAUUAAUAUAAAGACGAUUCAUAUGAUAUGAUGCACUUAAAUGUUGAUAAUGAAAAAUUGUAUAAACCGACUUUAGGAAAUCUGUACUUAUAAUUCUGACAUAUUGUUUUAUAAUCAUGUGUAUUGUACAGCAUGGCUAUUAUCCUAUGCAAUUAUUAUCCAUAUGAAUAUAUUGAAAACCAUUGCCGCUUCUGAUUUCUCUGUGACAAAGCUUUAAACUAGGAUAACCGUAGAGCGUUGAUGGCGUACGACACAGCUGCUGCAUGACUUCUCUAGCGCUAACGUGGGAGGUGGGGAACGUCAGGACGGAUACAUGUGAAGCAAUUCAAAGAUCCCCGACUAAUUUUUAAGAAUAAAUAUCUCAAAAAAGAAA